CCGGGCCGGGCCGCAGGCAGAGCCGGGCUGGGCCGGGCUGGGGCCGGGGCCGCUGGACGGAGUUCCCCGGGGGCUGGCAAGCAACUGAGCUUUGGAAUCAUGGCUAUGAUUUUGAAUGAGUUUGAAACCAGUUUGGAGAGUAGUGUGCACAGUGAAGAACAACGAGACAAUGUCAGCUGGGAGAGGUACUUGGAAAGGAAAAGCCUUGUUCUGCAGUUCCUGCACUCCAACCUGAGCCUCCACCACCUCCAGCACUACCAGAGCAAACUGGAGCUUCUGAAGAAGUGUUACUUUUACUUGGAGAUUGAGCCCAAGCACGUGGAUGUGAGAGACCAGAACCACGUGAUGCAUCACACUGACAUCUUGCAACUAAUAGACCCCUGCCAAUUCCAGAGGAUGAAGAAGGUGGGAAAAAACCAAACUGAAAUCCAGCUGUCACUUUUAACUGAGCUGUUAGAACAGGUGGAACAAGGUCGGGAGGAGUUGAGCUGUUACACAGAGACCUGUGACAUGAAAACUUUCCUCUCCCAGUGGGACGUGAUUAUGCAGAGAGUGUCCAAGCUCUCCAAGUUUAUGGAAACUCUCCUUUCCUUGCAAGUGCCAGGAAAGCUUUAUGUGAAGCACCGUUUGGUGUCACAUGCCAAUCUUAGAGGUACUAGACUCCCCAAUAUUACACUUUCUCUCUGUACAAAGAUGCCACUGAUUUUUGAUCGAAAAGAAUCAUUUGCACACAAGGACUGGGCCAAGCUCAAGUGGUUUACCGAAAAUCAAGAAUCACACCUCGAACAAUGUGAACUGCGCUUUAAGUUGCUGACAAAUGAGGGUCAGACAGAAGUCGGAUAUGGUAGGCUUCAGGAAGUCACCUCCAACACAUGUGUAGUCCAGGACCUGCAGCCUGGCAGAUCAUAUGAAUUCACAAUUAGAAGAUCAGACACUCACGCACUUGUCUUUCAAAAAUGGCAUGACACCAUUAUAUUGAAGACAAAAACUAACACUGUUGAAGACACAGACAGCAGCGCUUGUGCACCAGAAGUAUAAGGUGGCACAAAAGAACAUUUUUCCCAUUUUAUCCAUUUGAAAAAGAUGAACAAGAAUAAUUAAAGGUAAACCAUAUUUUUAAGCAUUUUGCAUAAAGCUGAACUCAUUCUGUUUUCAACAAGUUUUACAAGCACCUUCCCCAAAUCUUUCCAGGUUAACAGUAACCCAUUCCAAAUUUCUCACAGAAAAUAACAUUGUUAGGCAGCAUUCGGGACUCAGCACUCACUUUCCACUGCCAGAACUCACAGGUGGGAACAGCUAGAAGCAGGGAGUCUUGCAGGACACCUUGGAUACAAAGCACAGGAGACAGAAGCUUCUCCAUCAUCCAGAUCAUGCAGUGCUUACCAUACACCCAAAGAUUCCCUGUGCCAGCUUCUUGCAAUGCUGUUUGGUUUUUUUUUUGCCCCAAGUUAUUUUUUUCCCCCCACAUCCUUCCUCCAAAACAUCUGAGCUGUAUCCUGAGCUCUUCAAAUCACUCACCCUAAUUUACCUCCAUCUCUGGUUCCUCUCACCCGUUACACCCUGUGCCUUACAGCACGAUUUCAUGCUCACCCCUCUACACUGCAUGAAAAGAUCACUCUAAUUAACAAAACAAACAAAAGCAGCAACCCUCCCAACCAUUCCCCCAAACCCCCACAACAAACAGGGAAGGGCAAUCCAUCCACAUGACCAAUAUGUAGAAAACAAUCUUUUCUGCCAUGUACUGCAGUUAAUGCUAAUUUUCUUUUUUACCAUUUGAUUCAGUACAAACAAAGCUGUCCCCGCACAAAUUCUAGUCAAACCAUCACAGAAACAGACCUUUUGGGUAAUAAAAUUUAUUAUUUUAAUAAAUUCAAAUAAUUUUUACAAUUAUGGCUUAAAUAUCAAAAAAGGAAUGUUGAGGUUCAUUCUUAUAAAUGGUAGAAGCAGGUAAAAAUAUUUGUAUCCAAAAUGUUAUUUGAGGUUUGCUGCAAGUCACAGACAUAGGAAAGAUAAAAACCUGCCACAUUUAAAGUUCCUUAAUUUACACAUCUUGACACUUAACAUUUAAUUUCUAUUUUUAAAAAACCCAACAAUUUAUUGCAGUAAAUUGAUUGUCCUACACAAGAUCUGCCCAAACCCUCAAAAACAGUCCAGUGGGCUGCUUCUUUGCCAGCUGGGGCCAAGGAUUGGUUUCCUGGCUCUGGAUGCCUCUAAUUUCACUGCCAGUCCGAGCAUGAUGCAGGGCAAUGGCUGCAGCCACAGGGACUGUCACAGGCUGAUGCCUGGCUCACCACUAGCUGCGUGUGCAGGUUCCCAUUUUUCAGCUCAGGCUCAAGCUCUAGCUAGUGCUGAGGAAAUUAAGUUAUCCUGUUGGAUGGACCAACGUUUGUGUCCUACAACAAUGUUAUUUUGUCUGUGAGCUGUGGAAAACAUAAAGCCUGUGACUGGACAGAUACCCUGUGCAUCAUGCUGCUAGUGGUUUCCUACUGGAAUUACCAAAGGUUUGGUUUGGGUUUUUUUUAAAGAAUAUGUGCUUGAACAUAAAAUUCUUUCAAAAGUAAAUUCAAAGCUCUGUGUGCAAAUGAAACCGGACUACUUUGAUCUUUUUUUCUCUAUUGAUUUCUAUGGUUCUCUCUAUCCAUGAGCAUAAGGACAAGAACACAAUAUUCAGCUGUCACUAACAGUCUCUAAAAAGUUCGAUUAAUUGCACUUUCUGCUAUCCCUGACUACUACAGCUGCAUGACCAACUCUACAGGUACCUGCUCACAGCCCAAACAGCCCAGGAGUCCAGCCUGGCUGUUACUGCUACUUGGGUGGUCUAGGGCAGCGUUUUCUAAACACCAGUUACAAAAUGCAUCUUCAGAGGAAAAAAGAAAAAAAGGUGUAUUGUCUUGCAACACAGAGUUGACCAAGCAAAGCAUUUCACUCUACGCUUUACCCUUGAAGAAGUAGCAGUAAACAUUUUUUUCCCCACUGAGGGAAAAGGGACAUGCUUUAUGAGGUCUUUUUCUUGGUCUAUACAAACACGUGGCCAAUUCCCACACAAGAGCAUUGGACUAAGCCACUACACUUGGAGUGGGUGUCUUCAUUUGUGUUACAUGGAAUGAAAUAAACAUCAAACAAAAAAAAAA